GUGUUUUCACAGGUACUUAGACGCCCUCUUGUUUUUGUUCAACACAAAUUUUGACCAUAAUAACUUUUUCUAUCAAUAGUUAACAACACGUUGUAUUUUUUUCUAAUACUAAUAAUUAAGUAGAGAAAAAUUUUAAUUAAUAAUGGCUUCGAAGAGUUGGAAGGUUGUUCAAGCCCAUUUACCGAUGAUUAGAUUUCGUAAAGGAGGAAAUACAGAACCGUCCGUGACUACAACACCAUCUGUAGGCUCAGGGGCGUCUCUUUCUAGUGCAAAAGGAGCAGCAACUGGACCUGGUGUUAUCAGUUUACCAAUAAUUGAAGAUUUUCAAAUUCCACCACGUUAUCAGCGAAGACCUAUUGAUGAAAAGGAAAUCGCAUACAUCAAUUUUUUGUUUCAUUUCAGCGUGGGGGACCUGAAUAAUUUAUUAAUGUAAAUAAAUGAAAAUAUUUACUGUAAAUUUCGAAUUUAUUUUAAGUACGAAUAUCUAUUCAGGAAUUCACUUUAGUGUUAGUUGUUAAUAAAAUUAAAUUAAUUAUCUUGAGAAA